AUGGAUGGUCAGGAGUUUCUACGCAACGUGGUGUGGCCUGGAGGGAGCUGGGAGAGGAGGGGGCUGCUGGCCGGCCCGCACCAGCUGCUGGCUGCGCCCCCCCGGGAGCAGGUCCGGCCGGCCGGGGUCUUCGAGCUGCAGAUCCACUCUUUCCGCGCCAUGGGGCCGGGGGCCCGCGGGGGCGGCCCGUGCGGGGGCAGCGCCCGGCCCUGCCGCCUCUUUUUCCGCGUUUGUCUCAAGCACGGCCAGCCGGCCAUCAGCCCCGACCCUCCCUGCACCUUCGGGGCGGCCCUCAGCGACCCCCACCCCGCCGACCCCGGACCCCCGACCCUCGCGGCCAGCGACCCCAUCCGGGUCCCUUUCCACUUCAAGUGGCCGGGCACCUUCUCCCUCAUCAUUGAGUCGUGGCGGGCAGAGUCGGGAGAGCCAUCCACAGAGGACGCCCAGAACCUGAUCAGCCGGCUGGCCACCAGGCGACGCCUGGCCGUGGGGGAGCCAUGGUCACAGGAUGUGCACGUGGGUGAGGGCGGGGAGCUGCGCUUUUCCUACCACGUGCUCUGCGACCCCCACUACUACGGGGACAGCUGCUCCCGGCACUGCCGGCCCCGGCACGACGCCUUCGGCCACUACAGCUGUGACGACGAGGGAAACAGAGUCUGUUUGGAGGGCUGGCGGGGAGAAUACUGCUCUGAGCCGUCCUGCCUGGCCGGCUGCAGCGAGCGGCACGGGUUCUGCGAGCGCCCCGGGGAGUGCCAGUGCCGGCCGGGCUGGCAGGGCCCGCUGUGCCGGGACUGCGUCCGCUACCCGGGCUGCCAGCACGGCUCCUGCGCCCAACCGUGGCAGUGCCGCUGCCGCGAGGGCUGGGGCGGCCUCUUCUGCAGCCAGGACCUCGACUACUGCGCCCACCACCGGCCCUGCGCUCGUGGUGCCACCUGCACUAAUGCCGGCCCCGGCGGCUUCACCUGCACCUGCCCCCCCGGCUUCUCCGGCCGCCUCUGCGAAGUGGACACCAACGAGUGCGACAGCAACCCCUGUGCUAACGGGGGAAGCUGCAGUGACCUGGAAAACGAUUACGAGUGCACGUGCCCCAGGGGCUUCUAUGGCAAGAACUGCGAGGUGAGCGCCAUGACCUGCGCCGACGGGCCCUGCUUCAACGGGGGCAGCUGCGCUGGCGGCACCGGGGCCGGAGCCACUUACACCUGCCAGUGCCUCCCCGGCUUCCACGGUUCCAACUGCGAGAAGAGGGUGGACGGCUGCAGCCACGCGCCCUGCCGCAACGGUGGGCUGUGCCUAGACCUGGGCCGGAGCGUGCUGUGCCGUUGCCGCCCGGGCUACGGGGGCGCGCGCUGCGAGCGGGACCUGGAUGACUGCGCCGGGCGUCCCUGCGCCAACGGCGGAACGUGCGUGGACGGUACCAACACCUUCCGCUGCUCCUGCACCCUGGGCUACGGCGGCCGCGACUGCCGCCAGCGGGCCGACCCCUGUUCCCCCAACCCCUGCGCCCACGGCGGGCUCUGCUACGCCCACUUCUCCGGCCCCGUGUGCGAGUGUCCCGCGGGCUACAUGGGCCCCCGCUGCGAGUUUGAGGUCCGGCCCGGCGGCCCCCCGCCGCCCCCCACCCCCGCCAGCCGGCGAGGGGCCCCGUUCUCCCCCGCCCUGGGCCUGCCCUUCGCCCUGGGGCUCCUGGGGCUGGGGCUGGUGGGGGCCACGGCCUGGCUGGUUUGGGGGUGGGGGGGCCGGAGGGCUCCCCUGGACACCGUUAAUAACCUCAAGGGGCAGGAGGCCGGCGUCGAGGCCACCGGACAGCUCCCGGACACCGGGGUCUCCCCCCUGCUAGCGGCCGCAGCCUUCGGUGGAUCUAGCUGGGGAGGGGCUGGGUGGGCACAGAGGAGGCUGGAGUCCCUGCCGGGCCCUCCUGGGGGCCGGAGGACAGAGGAGAAGUGA